CCGCGCGUCAAAAAUGAAAGAUCCCCGAUGGAUUGACGGGGCGUCGUCCUGUCCCUUGUGACAGCCAUCCUCAUUACCCCACUCGCCCUCCGCACUUUCCUUUCAUCUGACUGCCCUGAGAUCUCAAGCGUCAUCUCACUUGACGUGACCCAAUUGAGAAGACAAGGCGCCAGGGUGUUUGUUGAUGGGGAGAUCUGCUCUCGCGUAUGUGUUCCUGGUGGUGGUGCUGGCAUGGUGCGGGUGUGGCGUCCAUGCGCAGGGGUCAUUCGAGCCUGACUUCGAGGUGUUGUCUUUUCUCCCCGACAACGAGGACCGCCGACUGACAGCCAAGCAAGCCAUUGUUGUCGUCUUCAAUCUGCCGGUAUGCUAUGCACGGUGUGGAGAUUCCCAUUCAGGUGUCCAUGUCCACGUGUGUUGGUGUGUGUGUGUGUGCGUGUAGGUGAUCCCGCUGGGUGCCGACUACAUCACAGACGACUUCACAUCACCGUUCAACAUCACCGCCAACAACGCCCUCGGCAAGAUACCGGGCACCACCUACUGGGUCACCACAUCCAUCGCACGAUUCGACCCGGCCGUCGACUGGCCGAGCGACCUCGAGGUCACCGUCAAGAUCAACCGGGACCUCACUAGCGUCAGCGGCAAGGCGCUGGUCGACUCACCUGCAUUUGAUGAAGCAUCGCUGGCAAGAGUCUACAAGACCGACACUCAAAGCCUGUCUGUUGGGGUGAGCCGACACAUCACACCAACCAAUAAAGAGCUUGCAUGACACCUCUCUCUCUGUUGUCUGUUGAACCUCUGCUCGAUCAGACUGUGCGGUCCAAUCGCACUCUGGAGCUGACUGGCGGGCUGUGGGCCUCCAAUGUCGACAAGUGGAUCGAUGACGCAGACGAGGUCCCCCCGGACAGCGAGAUUCGGGUGACUUUCACAUCACCCGUCACCCUUAAGCAGCUGCAGACCCUCGACCCCUCCACCAACCAGUAUCCCAUCCGCAUCGUCAAUCGCAAGACCGCAUCGGACAUGCUGCCAGCCGACGCCUUCACCGUGGCCAAGUGCCGUCAGCGACCGACGAUGCCCGUGGAGCCGCCGGGCGGGUGGCUCAUGGCUGGCGGGGUCACUGCUGCAGAGGUGGAGAAACACGGGCUUAACGGGACCACCAAGUGUGUGGAGCUGCGGCUGAAGAGUGGGGAGGGAUCCAGUGGUGUUUUGAAGAGCGGGGAGGUGUACGAGGUGGUGCUGCAGCCUGGCAAGGCCUACUCACCGCUGAGUGGACCAUAUACGAAGAGGAACGAGAGCGGGGGGAGCGACAAACCGGUCGGUCAGCACGGCCUGCACUGCAUCCCACACACGCAAACCACCAUUCAUUAACCCCGUUGAGUCGUCGGUCGGUCUGUCCUUGUCUGUCUCUGCUGUCUGUCUUUGUGUGCGUUGGUCGACUGCUCAGCUAGUGACGGGUCUCCGCCCGUUUCGCUUCCAAGCCCGCAGGCGCUCGGUGUCAGUAGGGUCUGAUCGGCUCACACUGUGGGUGCGCCACGGCCUCCCGCCCGCCAUCACGGCAGACAUCCUCGCCAAGCAGAUCAUUGUCACGCCAGCCGUCGGCGGGCUCAAUGUCUCCCUCGACAAUAACGCCACCGUCCGUCUCACCGGCGAGUUCAUCCCCUCCACCUCCUACACGGUCGCCGUCGCAGCCAGCCGGAGCAUCAUCGACGGCUGGGGUCUGCCCCUCGAGAGCUCCAGCAUCCCCUUCAAGACGAGGGCCGGCUCAGAGAUCGUCGAGAUGGCGGAUUCCUAUGAGCCCCUGUUCUUUCCAGUGGUGCCGGGAGUCGACGGAUCGGGUGACGAUUUCACAUGGUCGGUCAUCUAUCGGCCACAGCACGGUGGGGGUGGCGAUGCCCGUGCGGCGCCGACGGUCCGGUCUGCCGCGCUGUAUCGCAUCCCUGCUCAAGAGAGCGACAUUGGUGCUUUCCUGAUCAAGGCAUUCAGGCCGUCGGACGCACCCACCACCGAGUAAGAGAACGGGGGCAGACCAGGCCACACACACUUUCCCAUCAUCCCCUUGCUACGGUCUCAUCUGUGUGUGUGUGUGUGUGUAUGGUCGAUCAGCUCGGGCUAUCUGGCGGCAGACAUCAGCGAGCUGUCCGAGUCGCUGUCCCCCGCCCCGGGCAUGCCCCUUCUCGCCAACGCCACUCUGGCCCCAACCGCGCCCUCACUCUACGUCGCAGAACUCCGCUACGAAAUGUGCCACACGGCCGGCAACGGGCAGAACUGCUACCCCCGCAUAGAGUCCGCUCUGGUCAACCUGGCCACGGCCGCAGUGACGGUAGCGGUGUCCCAGAGGGACAAGAAGGGCAUGACGAGCAGGGUGACCGCCAGCGCAUCGGGGCUGGCCGACGGGCUGCCCCUCGAGGGCGUCAGGAUAACUGCAUGGGAGCUGAGGACCAGGCGAGAGGGUAAGCGGAGACAUACAUGAGAAGAACAGGGGCCAUGUGCACUCAUUCAUUCAUCCUUCCAUGUGUGUGUGUGUGUGUGUAUGUGUGUGUAUGGGUGCAGUCACUGCGGUGUCGUUGGGUUUCGGUCUGACUGAGGAGGAUGGCGUGGCAUCCUUCGACAUCACCCCCCAGGAGCCCUGGAGCACCGUGGUGGUCGUGCUGCAGUCAGCCGAUGACACGGAUGCAUCACAGCCGUCCUUCGCCGUCACUGGACCCAUAUCACGAGGCCACAGGCACUACCCCCAAGCUGCCGAGCAGAACGCUGAGGAUGCGGCGGAAGAUGCCCUCUCCAGCAGCGACGUGCAGGCCACCUGGACCACAGACAGGUGAACACUCACUCACACCAGCAGCAGCACAGGCGUUGCACUCUCUCUCUCUCUCUCUGUGUCUGUGUCUGUGUCUCCCAGGGGCAUCUACAAGCCGACCGACACGAUAGCGAUUCAUGGUUUCGUGGCAGCGACGGUUGAGAGGUGCGGCCGGGAGGUGACGACGGGCACAGGCUGCCCUCUUGGUGACGUCAAUGAGAGCGCGGCUGAGUGGGUCGUGGCGAUGGCCUGGAAGUGGGCUGAGAAUACGUGUGAUCUGGCUGUCGCGCCCAUCGACAGGAUCGGAGCCUUCAACCUCACCGUAGGCAGCAGCUUACCUCCACACACUGAGGACGCACAAACAACACGCGUCAAAUCCUCGUUCUCUGUCUCCUGGAUCAUGAUAUCAAUUAGGUGGAGGUGUCACCUGUUGCCACGUACGGCCCUCUCGCCACCCCUCAGCUGCUGGUCGGCCCCCCAGGCAUCCUCCAGGGCGCUUCAUGCACACAGGUCGGCGCCGACUGCCCCGUCGGCCAGUUCUGCGACCCCGUCAUCACCCCGCAGACCAAGGGGCCAAGCACCUUGCUCAUCUCUGACCCCCGGCCGCCAUCGGUCGUCAUGACGGUCGAUGUGGCGCCCGUCUGGGUGCCCAAGACGCUGCUGAAGGUCGAGGGGAAGGUGGAGACCUACACUGGGGUGCCGCUGCAGCAGACGGCCGUGAUGAUCGAGGUCGACGUCAACCCCAAGGUCAAGAUCAACGGCACCGACGGGACAUUCUUUGCGUUCGUCAGUGAGACGCAGGAGACGCAGUGCUUCCCCGAGAAGAAUCUCAUGAAGAUCACCAGCAACAUCGUGACCGACGGGAAGGGGGAGUUCGCCGUGGACCUGACGAUUGAUCCUAAUGACGAGUAUGGCCGCAUCACGCUGUCGCUGCUGGACCAGCUGCGGAUGAAGGUGACGACCCGCGGUGUCACCGGGGAGUUGAUCGAGGAGACCGACAACAUCGUGACGGCUUACAUGGGAUACUUCAUCAAAGACAUCAAGGUGGAUCCCUCUCCCCCACUCCCCGGCCGUCCCUUCCGCCCAGCCGUCUCCACCGCCCCGCACCCGGACGUCACCCCCGCUACGCCACCGGCGGGCAGCAGCACCACCCUAUGGCUGUUUGAGGCCAAACACGACAUCAAGCCAGACAUCGAGCCAUACCCCUGGUACCGGAUGAUGGACGACCGGCCCACGGUGCCUGCCGACUGCCGCGAGUACAUUCGCUACGAGGAUGGUGAGAACAGCCUCGUUUCGCCAGGCAAGAUGGAGGCCACGAGCAACUUCACGCUCAAGAAGACGUGCAGCGAUGUCGGUGGUGGUUUUGGUGCUGACGACGAGUGCGUGCUGACGAUGGACACCUUGGCGCACUACCUGGUCGUGGCGCAGCUGGUGGUCCCCACCGUCUCAUCGGCCGGCCACUUCGCCCAGUGCACCGUCAUCGGCAGCACAGAGAAGGAGUGGCAGGAGUCGCCCCUCGACUCAUGGAGCCCGAGCGACAUCGCCGCCAAGUUCUCCAAGCCGUCCUACGCUCCCGAUGAGGACAUACAGCUGUCGUUCCGCAACCCGUUCGCGUCAGCAGCCAGCGCCAUCCUGUUCUGGGGCAUGGGCAAGUGGAAGCGCGUGGCCGACAUCGGUGCAGACGAGCUGGCGACCGUCACGAUAGGUCCCAUGGGAGCCGACUGCCUCGAGACGUGUGACGUGGCCAUCGUGCUUGCCGCCCCCAUCACAAGCGACAUUCAGCUGGACCCCUCGCCGCCCACGGCUGUGCUGCUACCUUCCUGGGGCCCGCAGUACGUCAAGACGACUGUUUCUGUGAAGAUUGAAGGGGCCAACAAUGAGCUGGCGGGGGUGAAUGUGACUCUGGAUCGGGAGAGCUAUUCCCCCGGGCAGGAGGUGACGGUUGACAUCAGUGCCGAGAUGAAGGGUGAGGGCUCUGCUGCCGAUGGGGUGGUUGGCGUGCUGGUGGUGGAUAAGGCGCUGCUGGACAUCCACCCCCACCCCCUGAUGAAGCCCUCUGAGGGCUUCGUGCCGAGCAAGGCGGACCCUUUGUCAACAGUGUACGCGUCGUAUAAGGGGCUGGUGUCUCGCCAGGCCUACAACACGGGACGAGACAUCCUCAUGCGACGAAUGGCCAUGGUGAGUGAAAGGGUCGGUGGGGCCACACACUCAGACAGACUCACCACCACACUACACCAAGCUCUCUCUCUCUCUCUCUCUCUGUCUGUGCGUGUCUGUGUCUGUGUUUGCGUGUGACCAGAGCCCCUGGAUCGAGCCCAGCUGGCCCUCCCGGCCGGACGUCUCCGACUUGGACAAGACAGACGACGAGUACCUGGAUAGAUUCCUCGCUCAGCUCACCAAUUUCCCCUCUGACUUCCUCUAUCCCACCCCAACAUCCUUCUACCAGCCACGCACCGAGAGGGCAGCACACUGGAAGGCCCGAAUGGGCGGAGGGGGGCCGGUCAACGGCGUUGAGCCCGUCGCGUACGCGGCGCCGCCCAGUGGUUUUGCUCCUACUUCUGUGUCACGGGAAGCGGACGAUGGAGGCGCAGGCGCGUCCGAGGAGAUUCUGGCGUCUGCAGUGGGGGCGGCCAAGACCAUUCGAGAGGAGUUUGCCACGCUGGUGGCUUUCAAGGUGGCCCCGUUGGAUGGCCUGAGGGGACAGGUGCGGUUCAAGCUCCCCGACAACACUGGUAGGCUGGCUGCAUGACACACACUCAUGGACCAUGCAUUCAUAGGUUGAUUGAUUGCUGUCUGUGGGUGGGUGGGCUGGAUUGGUCAUGUCAGGCACGUUCGUGGUGCGGACCUUUGUGGUUGGCAGCAGGAUGGGCCCUGACGACAAGCAUGAGCUGCAGUGGGGCUCCCAGGAGACCGAGCUGCAGAGCGCCAUCGCGGUCAGUUUGCGUGUGAACAUGGAGGAGGAAUGUGGCUGCCAUGGCACCCACCCACCCACCCAUCCGUGUUUUCGUGUGUGGUGUGUAUGCAGGUGUCUCUGAAGCCGUACCUUCCCCGCUUCAUGCGUGUGGGCGACAUGGCCAGCUUCGGAGCCGUCCUCACUGUCGAUCCACAACAGGUAUGUAUGACGCACAGAUACAUACCAGACAUACGUGUGUUGUGUGAGCGCAUCCAUCCAUCCAUCCGUCCAUCCGUCCAUUCGUUAGGUUGACGUGGGCUACGACGUCCGCCUGGAGGGUGUGGAGGGCAUCACAUUCCUCGGCACCGAGGAGGACAAACUGAACAGACUGAGGGUGAGGGCAUUGCAAUGAACAACACCUCACCCCCCCGGCGUCACACAGCAAACAAACAACACAAUCAUUUGAUUGCCGUUUUUGCUCUUUCAGCCCACCCGCAGCACCACUCGUGUGACAUGGCGCUUCAAAGCCGAGGCCCUCGGCACCGCACGCGUCACCAUGAGCGUCAGGCACAUCCAGACAAACCAGCUCCUGGACCAGGUCGAGGACACGUUCGAGGUCCUCCCACCCCAGCAGAAAAUCACCAUGGGCACCACAAUCGCCAUCUCGCCUGCCGCAUUCAACGAAGAGGGGCGCAACGUGCUCAUCGAGGAAGGCCUCAGCCUGCCCGACCUGCUGGCCGGAGUGGGCGGGGUCAAUGUCACCGCGUCGGUGGGGCACUCCGGGGCCAUUCUCAGCGUGACCAACACGCUGAGCAGCGGGGCGUUUGGGGGCGGCAAGGACAAAGACAUUGAGCCGUAUGGCGGUGCGCUGCUGGCUGUGGUGUUCAAUCGGUGGAUGCUGCGGUCGCAGUACGGUGUGAGUGAGGGCAUGGAGGGCAUCGACGCAGCCAUGGACAUCGUCACGGAAAAGAUUGAGGAGUACAUCUCGCCUAAAAACAGAAAACUUGGCUUCCUGCCGCGGCCAUGGUGAGUGGUGUGGGUCGGGCAGACAGACACACAGACAGAACGAGCAAAAGGCGUACACUCACUCUUCGUGGUUGAUGCACGUGUGCAUGUGUGUGUGUUCAGGUCGACAUACACGCAAUGGUCCCGCCCCUAUGCAUCCCUGAACCUGCAGCUGACGGCAACGGCCAUCCUCGUCGGUCAGGAAGCCGAGUUCGCCCCCCUGGUUGAGCGGGAGAGUCUCUUCAAGGACCGCAUCAAGGACAAGCUGAGGGUGGGUAAUCACAUGACAUGAAACACUGGCAGGCACAGUGAGUGGCACUGCACUGAUGGCAUCCGUCCGUCGUGUCUGUCUCCCGCUGUGUGUGACCGACCAUGUGUGCAGAAAGAGGUGUAUGAGUGGCAGGAGGCCAAGAGGAAAUCUGGUUCCAGGUCGACGUUCAUCGAGUGGGUCGGCGUCUCCACCGUGGCGCUCCUCCGCUACGUGCUCGGGUCGACCUAUGACUUCAACCUGCCACCGGGUGUGGACGGCGCUGACCUCUCCUUCAAGACGCUCCUGACUCAAGUGGCCAAGGAGGAGUACGCCUUCACAUCUGCGCGAUACUGGGUAGGCGGGGCGGGCUUGGCUGGUGGGCUGGCUGGCUGCACGCACCGAUCCAUCCACGAGUGGGUUUGUUACCUACCGGCCGUCUGUCUCUGUGUGAUGUGCAUGCAUUAAUGUGUCUGACAGGCUGUGUUGACUCAGCUGAAGGAGGGCCUGACGAGCUCCCUGGCCGCCCCCACAAUGGCGGCCGCCCGCGACAACUUCCGCAUCCAGGGCCCCACAGGCUAUGUCGCCAACAGCAAGGGCGGCGACUACCCUGCCAGCGACAUCGAACAGGUGCGUAGUCAGCCCACCAAUCCAUCAUUCCCAUGCACAUACUUGUCUGUCUGAUUGGGUGUCUCCCCUUGGUUCAUUGCUGUCAGGGUUUGGUGCUGCUGCUGUGGAGCUAUGACAAGGAGUUUGCCACGCAUCAGUUCGCUGCCCGCGUGGGUCUGUUUCUCGCGCAGGGCGGGUCGUCGGGCCUCUCGCCAUGGACCAGGGGGCUGUCGCCGUUCGCCGCCAUUUGGGGGGCCAAGGGCAUGCGGCGACUCGACGGAGCCACCCAAUCCGCCGACCCUAACCUGACACUUGAGGUGGGGAGAAGCCACAAGAGACAUCCAUCCUCCCUUGGCUGUCUGAUCCGACCGUUUGUUUACGGAUGUUUGGGUGGAAUUUGAUGUAGGUUUCUUCCGGUGCAGCGUCCCUUAUAAACACCACUUUCACCAAGGCCGCCCCCGGCCCUGUCUCAGACACUCUGCCAUGGACGAGCGAGCAGCUUGACCUCACCGGCCAGCCGCCCAAGAUCACCUUCGACGCCGCCGGCACCGGCUCCGUCUUCACCUCUCUCUCCAUCGACUUCGUGGCCGCCUCACCGGCGUCCUACCCCACUUACAAGGGCAUCCUCGUACAGAAGCGGCUGCUCCGCCACGACAGCGUCAAGGGCUGCACGGGGGAGCAUAUCAACGCCACAACCAGCGGGCAGGUCGUGUGUGUGGUCGCGUCUGUGACCGUCAAGGACUACAUGAAUGACGUCGAGAUCGCCGACGAGCUGCCCGCCGGGCUGGAGGCUUUCGACCCCCAUCUGAAGGGCGAUGGCGGCCCGCCCGGCGUGAUGCCUUUGCCCCGCCGCAGUGGGGGAGGGGCGGUGGAUGGCAGCUUCUGGAGCUCGCUGUUCAGCUAUCGGUGGUUCCCCAUGUGUUCACAGCAGACGAUGCGGUCGAGGGUGCUCUUCUCGUGCAGCGCCCUGCACCCCGGCGAACACACAUUCACAUAUCAAGCACUGGUGCGUGUGCCUCCAUCCGUGUGGUGUUGUUGGUUGCUGUUGUAUGUCAUCUCUCUCUCUCUCUCUGUGUGUGUGUGUGUGUGUGGCAUAGGCGAAUGUCGAGGGUCUGUAUGUGCUGCCGCCGAUCCACUCGUUCGUGAGCUCUGCCCGUGAGGUCAUGGGGCUGUCGGCCGCCAGCUACAUGGCCGUCCAGUCAGACAGCGACACACCGGAGACCGACUACACUGACAUGCUGCUACCUAUCCAGGUGACCCACCAACACACAUACACAACACACAUACCCACGGGCACAUUCACUCUGUGUUUGUGUGUGUGCGCGCAGGUGUCUGGUCGGUCGUUUGUGUUGGCCCCCCAGUCGUGUCCGGAGUGCCCUGUGGGUAGUUCCGGGUGUGACGUGUCCCGCGGGGUGUGUCUGUGCAUGGACGUAGCUCACGGGAGGGAGGUUGACUGCGAUUCACUCGACGUGCAGGUGAGAUGAUAGAUAGAACGGGAGGGCCCUAGAUAACUACUGGGUAGUUUGCUACGCAGCAGGCAGGGAGGGUAGUCCAUGGAAGAGAGUGCUGUGGUCUGUGUGGUCCGAUUAUGCCGCUGUGGUGUGGCUGGCUCAGUAGUGAGUUGUGUACAUAUAUAUGUACGUGUGUAUGUCCGUGUGUGUGUGUGUGUGUGUGUGUGGCGACCGACAAGAAGACACGUGUAUGUUUGUUGAGCCGGCCAGUCCCUGAAGAAAUGAUUGGUCUCUCUCCUGUCAAUCUCUCCCUCUCCUUGCUUGCUGCAGUCACCUGUGGACCCCACGGCAAAUGGCAGCGAGCCUCCCACCUUCCUUACCAGCUCUACCGGCUCAACGGUACACAGACAGCCACACAAUCGCAGCCCCCUCACCACCCGUCUGUCUAUCUGUGUGUUGUGUUGUGCACACAUCCAUGGCGGUCAGGGUCCCACUCUAGCGCGAGCGGAGAAAUCCGGCGGGGGCACCACCUCGGGGGCGUCAUCAGGGUGGACUCCGUCGAGGACCGUCCUGCUCUUCUCACUCGUGUGGCUCCUGCAGGGGGGAUGGGCUGCACGGCGGGACGAAUGAGGCCAGGCGGCUGGUGGGGCGGGAGACAGACACGUGACGUACGCGGUGAUCUGAUCAAUCGUCGUUUUUUCCCGUCUUUUUCUGAAUCGAUGGAUGAAGGGGUCAGGUGGGGUGGCUGACUGACCUGCGUGGUGGCUGGGCUGCAAGCCGUCGCUGGAUGGAUGGAUGUGUAAUGUACAUAACUAACCUACACACAUACGUACGGUUACACUGGUCUGUCUCCCGUGCUGUGUGCGGGUUCGCGCACCUGUGUUUGUUGAAUAGCCUUCCCUCCCUCCCUCCCUCCCUCACUCACUCACUCCCAGACAGACAGACAGACAGACACAAGCAAUCCAGUUUGUGUGACUGAGUCACACACGUUCUUUCGUGGUUUGUUUAUUUUCCUCUUUCCCUGUCAAAUCAAGUCAAGCCAAGUCUAUCGGAAGGAAGAAGGACCAAAAGAGACCCAAGAGAUGAGAAGAGAAGAUCGAAAGUAUCUUUCUUGAUGUUUUUUGAUGCGCCGUUCGUUCAUUCGUUCGUUCAUGGUGUGGUGUGUGUAUUUGUUUGUUGGCGCGCGUGGGUGUGGGGUGGAGGGGGGGGGGAGGCGACGGACCGAGGAAGCAAGUAGGUGGGCGGAGGGGGCGUGGGAGUAGCCCGAGGCAGCAACGAUCGACGCCACAGACCGAUAGAGAGACACGCAGAGAGAGAGGGGGAGCUAGUUGCUCAGGCAGACUAGGUGCGCCGGUGUGUGUUGUGUGUGUCCGUGUGUGUGGCCGCGUGUGUGUCCGUGUGUGUGUGUGUGUUGGGCUGCCUGUCGCAUCGUCGUCUCUCCCUCUGUGUUAACACAGACAGACAGACAGUCUGAUGCUUUGCUGUGGUGUGUGUGGCCUACAAAGCGGCCAGGCCCUCUCACCGGAGCUCUGAUCAAUGAUCUGUCAGUCUGUCUGUCUGUCUGUCUGUUGCGACGAGGGAGAGAGGACUCUUUUGGUGGAUUUCGACCGUAGUGCGUUGAAUGCGUGGCAGUCCAAGUAAUAUGUGUGUGUGUUGUUCCCAGUACUUACUGACUGACACCGCUUACCUAACAGAGACACCAACCACCCCCACACCAAGGACGGGACGAGACACACAAACGGAUGUCGAGCUUCUGAAGCUGAAUCAAGCGGCCAACGAA